AUGUGGCAAUCCGACGAACAGAAACCGAGUACCUCAACCUCGUCCUCGUCGGCCCGUCCUUCCGACCAAAACAACCCGAAACAUGCUAGCGUCACUAAUUUGGAACGCUCCAAAUCGACGACGUCACUCUUCAAACGUGCCAUUAGUCUUCAGGUACUUUUUUUCAAUUCUCUCCUCAGCCUCACCCAUUUUCAUUGCAGUUUCUGUUCAAAAACGCGGAGAAUGCUGUGGACAAGGAAAAAGCAGCAUAUAUCAAAAUGAGGUACAAGGACACGGCGAAGUACGUCAUUUGGCCGACAUGCAGACUGCCGGACAAGAUUGAGACGCCCGUGAGUUUUUAUGAGGUUUAUAUGGACAAUUACGGAUUACCACUCGGAACAAGCAGUUUUCCGGUUCUGGUUUCGGUACUAAAACUUGAAAACAGGCUUUCUGAGACACAACUCUAUUCAACAUCGUGUCUUUUUGGGAAUCGGAUUUCGCAAAUAACCUUAUCCGGGCAAAAAUCCGAGUUUUCCGAGAAAAAAAUUCAACAUUUUGAAAACCCUCCGGUUAUAUAUGACCGUCUCAAUUGCUUCUUAUUGCCACAUUCAGUGACUCAGUCCCAAUUUCCAGAAAUGCUUAUAAACAGAACAGCGCCCAUGAUCCUGGCCUAGAAAAAUCCUCGGCCAUGCAAUCUCUUCGAUUUUUUGCGUUAGGCACAAUCUCUACCCGUUUCCAAAUGAUCACCCAAACCAAAACCUCGUGAAAGUCGAAUGCGUUCGCCUUGGGGCAUUUCUGAGAGUUGGGAUUCAGAUAGUGCACUUGGCGAUGGAAGACGAUUCCAACAGAUACAUACUCAUACUAGGGGACCUAUUUUCGAAAAGUAUUUAGUAAAGUCGACUCAGAUCUUCAAACGUUGUUUCCAAAUCGCUUAAACAUCCGAUAAACCCAAAAAAUGUUGCAGAAACCCGCUCCCCUCGUGCCAGUCACCCACGAUCCGCGUGCCGUUCUCAUGGAGCCCGAUUUGGAAGACCACAGAUCGCCGUACAUGCCAGCUACUAUCAAUCACGUGCUCCGUUCCGACUCGGAAGACUCAAGCGAAGCGGAACAAGUGCUCGAAAUGACACGGUUAUGAUUUCCACUUUUUCUCGUGUAUGCGAUUGUUAUUGUUGUAAUGAUAGCCUGCUUGAUGAUUGCAUGACUUCCCUUCUUUCAUGUUAGUUUCUAUCAUUUCCUUUCUAGUCAACACUAAUCGGAGUGUGCUUUUUUUUAGUUCUCUUAAGAUACUAACACGUUUGAACUUUUGUUUCCGCAUGGUAUGAAGGUGUGAUGCUAGUGCAAAUGGUUGCUUUCAUGGAACUCAUUUUAACCAGAUCCAUUUUUAGCUGCUCAUCCUCAACGGAAUCAUCCAGUCAAUGA